GGAGCAGGACGGCGAGCAGCAGCAAACACAGAAACAGCAGGGGCAGCAGCAGCUUCCACAGCAAUCUGGAGCAUUCAGAAACAAAAUGCGUGAAUGACAGAGGGAAGCAAAAGUUUCUGCCAUUUUCACUCUGAAUCCUGACAUUAUGAAGACUCUUCUGAUUUUGUUUGUUGUCAUUUUUUCCAACAGGGGACACUGCACAGAAUCACAGGACCAAGUGCUAUCAAUCGUGCCAAAAACACAAGAGCAAGUAGACAUUGUGAAGAAUGUAUCUACUAGAUAUGAGACAGUAUUGUGGCAGCCUGUUUCACCUCACUACAUCAAAGAAGAAAGCCAAGUCCAUUUGUUUGUUACAGCAAACAGUUCAAAGACUGUCAAGGAUCUGCUGCAGAAACACUCUAUAACUCAUAAGGUUUCGCUUGCUAACGUUAAUGAGUUGAUUGAAAUGCAGACGAGGAUAAACAGCACAGACCCAAGAGCCAGCUCGACUUUCUAUCACAAAUAUCAUAGGCUGGAGGAGAUCUACGACUGGAUAAACAGGACCUCACAGGACAACCCCAGCGUGGUCAAAGUCAUUCUCAUUGGCUCCUCGUUCGAAAAGCGACCACUCUAUGUUCUAAAGCUGUCUCUAAAUAAUAUGCCAAAUAAGAAAGCCAUGUGGAUCGACUGUGGGAUACAUGCCAGAGAGUGGAUCUCUCCUGCGUUCUGCCUAUGGUUUGUGCGUUAUUCGCUGUCAUAUUACCAACAACACCAGGACAUUACUAACAUCCUAAACAGCAUGGAUGUGUACGUCCUGCCUGUCAUGAACCCAGAUGGAUACCACUACACAUGGACAAAAAACAGGAUGUGGAGAAAGAAUCGGUCCAUCAGCGACACCAGCUCCUGCGUCGGAGUCGACCUCAAUAGAAACUUUGAUGCCAACUGGUGCACGCAAGGAGCGUCACCCGAGCCCUGCUCCGAGAUCUACUGCGGCGCCUUCCCUGAGUCAGAACCAGAGUCGCAGGCUGUGGCUGACUUCCUGCGCAGUCACAAGGAUUCCGUUCAGCUCUACUUCAGCAUCCACUCGUAUUCUCAGUUGCUGCUCUUCCCGUAUUCCUGCUACCUAGAUGAAAUAGAAAACCACAGAGAGCUGUCUGAGAUGGCCAAAGAAGCUGCUGAGAAAAUACAAAAAAAUUAUAAAAACACCUACAAACAUGGUGCUGGGGCCAAAGCGAUAUACCUGGCUCCUGGUGGUUCUGAUGAUUGGGCGUACAUCCAUGGCAUCAAAUACUCGUUCACGUUUGAGCUUCAGGACCGUGGCCAGUACGGCUUCCUUCUGCCUCCGUUUCUGAUUUCCAAAGCCUGCAAUGAGGCUCUGACUGCUGUAAAGUCUAUUGCUCUCAGGGUUGUGGAGAAAACACAAGAGGAGAGAAAUUCACCUUCAGUCUCCUAAGCUGUUACUGUAUGUAUGCAGGAAAGGUUGAACAUUUAACAUUUAAAACUGUUAUUAUGAAUGAGGCCUGUCAUUUUGUAUAUCUUAUGCAGACGUACAGACAUAAUAAUUAAACAGAUUGAAGUUACA